CCCUAACUCCUCUCGGCCCGGCGUCCCCCGCGGCCCGGAAGUGUUUCCUCUGGCAAGAUGGCGCGUGCAGGGGUUCUGCUGUGGGACCUACGCCGCCUGUGUCGAGUGCUGCUAUUCCUUUCGCAGUUCUACAUCCUCUCGGGCGGCGGAUCCUUCAGUGUAGAGCCUUCGCAGCCGCUGGCUCAGUCCGACAAGGAUCCGGGCCCCACACGUACGUUCACAGUAGUGCCCAGGGCAGCAGAAAGCACCGAUAUUCCACCUUAUAUGAUGAAGUGUCCGAGCAAUGGUUUGUGUAGCAGACUUCCCGCAGACUGUAUAGAGUGCAAGACCAAUUUCUCCUGUGUCUAUGGGAAGCCUGUCACUUUUGACUGCACAGUCAAACCUUCUGUUACCUGUGUUGAUCAAGACUUCAAAUCCCGAAAGAGCUUUGUCCUCAACAUGACUUGCAGGUUCUGCUGGCAGCUUCCGGAAACCGACUACGAGUGCUCCAGCUCCACCAGCUGCAUGGCGGUGUCCUGCCCGCGGCAGCGCUACACGGCCAACUGCACCGUGCGGGACCACGUCCACUGCCUGGGCAACCGUACUUUUCCGAAAAUGCUGUACUGCAACUGGACUGGCGGUUAUAAGUGGUCUACUGCUCUGGCUCUGAGCAUCACCCGUUCUGCUACGAUUUUUAUGAUCUGUGUCCGCUUUUCAAGUGUCUGAUGCCUGGAAAGCCUUGUGACUAAAUGGAAUCCCUGAGAGACUUUGAAUUACAAAGUUCACAAUGUUUAGUAGUAGUGAAAAUAGUUGCUCUAGGAGAUCUGUGUUGACUCAGCUUUUGUCACCGUGGUAAAAGAUCCGGGACAUAAAACCCGCCACUUUGAAGUGCGCGCCUCAGCAGCACUGAGCACCUUCACGUUGUCACGGGGCCGUCGCCUCCGCCCAUCCCAGGGCUUUCUCUUCUUCUAACCCCAGCUGAACGGGUUUCAUCCGCUUUUUUUUUUUUUUUUUUUUUUUGCGGUACGCGGGCCUCUCACUGCUGUGGCCUCUCCCGUCGCGGAGCACAGGCUCCGGACGCGCAGGCUCAGCGGCCAUGGCUCACGGGCCCAGCCGCUCCGCGUCAUGUGGGAUCUUCCCGGGCCGGGGCACGAACCCGUGUCCCCUGCAUCGGCAGGCGGACUCUCAACCACUGCGCCACCAGGGAAGCCCCAUCCGCUUUUAAGUUUAGCAAAUUGAGCAUUAAACUAGGAGCAAACAAGAAUGAGUGCUAUUUCCCAUUGCGGAAGCUCCUAAGGCACUGGGGACCCUGGCGGCCCGGGCAGUAGGACAUGGGUGAUGGGGGUUGUGGGGGGCACCAACGCCAGAUGCUCCCUGCAGAUAAGUGAUGGGGGCUGGGGCACAAGAGCAGCCGUCCAUCCAGAAGGACAUAAACCGGACGCAUUUGUGGGGCGGCUCUCCCACUGCGUUGCUGCAACAGAGGGAGGACACCCCCGUGGAGACCCCAGGCGGGUGGGCAGCUACUCCUCGUGAAGGCCCUGGAACGCCAAGGGCUCCCGCUUCUGCCUCACGCUCAGUCCUGGGCGAGCUCAGAAUCCCCUUCCAAGCUGGAAGCUAUGGUUCUGAGAGCAGAAAUCAGCUGCCGGAGCACCAAACCUCGGGACUUGCAGAGCCGCCCUGCGGACCCCCGUCUGCAAAGGGGUCCUCCCGUGACGCAGCCCAGAGGCCCCCCGUAGGUCCAGAAUUCACUCCACCUGUGCCUCAGCUGUCAGGCCUCAAGCCGAGACAGGACCACAGUGGGGGGAGGUCUAAGGAGGGGCUGUGGUCUCCGUGAGCAUCUGAGAUGGUUUCUCCCUGAGUUCGAUCCUCUAAGCCGUCAGCCGGUGGCCACCUCGCUGCCUCUCUGAUGCUCCUUGGGGACUCUGACACGGAAGUGCACACCCAGCACUGACUUGUCGUUGGCCUGAGUGAAUGAACAGAUGGGCAGACAGGCAGAUGGACAGCACGGUUUCUUCUCUCUGGACCACUGCCUGCCCAGGCUGAUGAGUCCUCCUGACUGGGCUGUAGAUUUUCCUUCACGACUCUUGACCCUUUGUUCAGAGCUCUUGCCUUUUCUGGUCCCCACGCCUCACCCCAUAAGCCCUUAGCUGUUUUUUCUCUGUUGAAAGAGUCCUGAUCCUUCACACCAAAUACCUGUCAACCCCAGGCCCCCAAACCUCUUCUUUCCCUUUUCCCACAUUUUCUUACACCAAGUUCUGUCCACUAGAAAUACGAUGUAAGCUACUGAUGCAGCUUUAAGUUCCCUCGAGAAACAGGUGAAAACAAUUAUAACAUCUUAUUUAACCCCAUGUAUCUAAAUGCCAUCAUUUCUACAUGUAAUCAAUAUUUAAAAAAUCAACGAACUAUUUCACUUUUUUUUUUUUAACUAUGUCUCUGAAAUCCAGUGUGUAAGUGUGUUUGGCCAGGCCACAUUUUGAGAACUCAGAGCUACCUGUGGCUGCCCUAGCCGGAAUCGGGCCCAGGCCUGCUGGGGAAGGAGGCACCUGGAAUCAGGGCCGAUGAACGCGGCCCGGGCAGCGGGAGGUGUGCUGAGCUUGGUGCAGCCUCCGUGUCCCCAUCCGUGAGAUGUGGGCGUGAGGCCCACCUCCCAGGAGUGGCGAGGCGGGCCCAGUGCAGAUGCACAGUGGCACCUGGGUGAAUCUAGCUGUGUGGUGGCCUUGGGGCGUCUGAAUAGGACCUGGAUCUCACAGGUGCUGCAGCAGGUCUAGGACACGUGAUGGGCAGGUGGGCGGUCCCUGACCUCUGCUGCUUUUCCCGUACC